AUGGUCCUCGACAUUACUUACUUCCGAAAGAAGAAAAUCGAGAGAACGCAGUCCACUGAGCGCCCAACCGGCAAUCAGAAUCGCCGCCCACCAUCGCCGGCCAGAAGCCAGCAAUACGGAUACGGCGGGCCUCGCGGACGUCCGGGCUACGAUAUGCCAGUCCCGCCUCGGAUGCCUUUCAACCCGCAACAGGGGCAGUUUAUGCCACCUCCUGGCCCGUAUGGCAUGCCGUACCAUCCGGUCGCCUAUCCGUUCAUGGGCCCGCCUCCGAAUUUUCCAACUUACGGACCACCACCGAAUUAUGCACCCAAUUCUGCGGUGCCUCCGACGCCUCCGACUCCUCCGACACCUCCGACACCUCCUCCGGCAACACCACAACCCAAUAAGCCGGCGGUCAAGAAGCCGGAUCCUACAAGAGCUGCGACCGACAAAAGCGUCGUAUGCGUCAGGGGCCUGCCUGCUACAGUAACCAUUGAUGAACUGAUCACCACUUUCUUCAGCCAGGAGCUCAAUUUGAAGCAAGAAAACGGACGUCCGAAGAUCUACCUUGUCAAGGAUGAUUUCGAUCAGGAAAUUAAGACUAUGGUUGCUUACCUAGUCAAUGAAGAGCUUGGCAUUAGGACCCUUGUCAGCUGGAACGCGAAGAUGUACCCGGAUACGAAAAAUAAGUUGGUGAUCGAGUACUACGGCGCCAAUAAUAACCCAAGGCAUCCGAGUCUCGCUGUGUUGAAGGCGUCGAUGAAGGCAAGAGAAACCGACCGAGUCCUCUUCAAAAAUCUGCCUCCUUCGGCCGACAUGUUCAGCUUAAUCUCAAUUUUUCACAACUUGCCGGUCGGUGGGACGAAGAUUCAAUUCGCGAAUCCUCCAGGAUUUGACUUUACCGUCCAGCCCGAUGGUCUAAAAUCCUGCAAAGUGAAAUUUGCGACGAAGAAUAUGGCCAGCCUUAUCGCUACAUACUACAGGACCGCCAAAUUCCCAGGAACCGAGCAGACAUACGCCACUGAAUUUAUACCUGGGGCACUUAUUGACAGCUGCGCGGUUCACAGCAGGCGAUUCCACAUCGAACCGCUUCCGGUGGGAAAAAUUUGGAAAAUGGGCGUCGGGCAGUCCAUACAGCAUGAUUUCGAACUCACCGACCCAGCUGCUGGCCUCGAAGAGGAGUUCCGAUGCUGUAGCCAGUGUUUUCAGCUUUUUGACCGCGGCUUGCCCCGGUAUUCGAUUUCCCGCUGCGUGAGGGGUCAUCGGGUCUGCCACAAUUGUUAUGAAUUCUCGCUUAAUAUGUUUGGGCCAGAAUUCUGGGCAACGGAAAAGUGCCUUUCCUGCGAAAAGACGGGGGUUUACCAAGUGGCGGAAGAUGCUACGCCCGAACGAACAGAAGAUUUGGGCUCCAGCGAGGGAGGCAAUCCGGGAGAUGGGAAAUCUACACACCUGACAUCCCCUCCACCAAUAACGCAACGCCCAUCCAGUCACGGAAAUGAAGCGACAACUACGCCACCGGAAUCGGCAAAAAUUGGCCCCAUCCGUCCAAAACCCCAACCGUCGAAAAAGAAUCGCAAGAAAGCCCCGGAACCGGCAAAACCGAGGACAGUCCGGCCGAAAGUGUACGAAUUGGGUCAUUGCGCAGUUUGCAAAAACCAGCUAGUCCCAGCCGGUCCGCAAAUCACGCUGGAUUUUUGCGGGCAUUUGAUAUGCAUGGGAUGCUUUGACGGGUGGAAUUCGGCCCAGACCGCUGAGGAAUGGGGAAAAUUUGCGAUCUGCUGCUUUUGCGACGACCCAUGGACCAAGCCAGAGGACACACCUGAGAACCGCGCCCUGCAGAUGAAGCUUUGGGAACAAGGAUUUGCGAUAGGGCCGACGCAGCGCGAAGAAGUGCUGGCAGCGGAGUCAGAAGCAUUACGCCGAGCCUUGAUAACCAAAGAAGCGGCGCACAUCCGAUUGAAGACGCAAUAUGGUCUUGAAGCAGGUCUGGAGGCGGGUCUCGUGAAAAAAGAGCAAACCCUGAAUCUAUUGAAAAUGGUGAAUCAAGAGUUAAACGAGCGGCUUACCGCAAAUGAAACCAAGCAGGACGAAUUGUUGAAAAAAUGGGAUGCGGAAAAAGUGGCGAUGCAUAAGCAGAUCGAACGAAACAAACAGCUUGUACAAGCUGCAGCUGAAAGCCAAACUCGGGUGGAAGAACUCACGAAGCAACUCACCCAAGAAAAAGCAAAUAGCCAAAAUGAAAUCCUGAAACUACAAACGCAAAUGCGAAGACGGAAAGAGGCGACCCAGCGGCAUAACGAGGAACUAAACAAACAUCUGCGACAUGCAAGUGAAGAAAUCCAAAAAUUACUAGCAAAAACCCUGGAUUUGCAGGAACAAGUUGUGAAGCGCACCAGAAUCGUCAUCGACAAAAUUCCGCCCAGCUACACGCCCGACCAAGUCAUUGGCACUUUCCUGGACGGCGGACAGAAUUUGAUCCAUUGGGAAGAAUGCCCGGAUAUGCUGCUGCGGCUGAGUGGCAACGACAGCCAGUGUUGCAUCGCGUACUUGGACCAUGUUGAGGCUGCUGAAAAAAUAACGGAAAAAUGGAAUGAUGUCAUUUUGGAGCGCGAAAGGCUCACCGUUAAUUUUACGCCGCUAAAAAUGAGGGAGUCUGCGUUUCGCUCAGAGGGGCUUAAAGCAAGUUUAUUCGACCGGCUGCGCGGCCCAGAAAAACCGUGUGCAUCGAUUGAGAGCGCGGCUGAACUGCGUCGCCUACGCGGUCUGAUCCAUUCGAUAGAUCACGGGUGGCGCCAAUUCGGUCAAGUGGCGGAAGGCGGGCCGAUUAUUUGCGUUUGGUGGCUGCCAAAUGCGAUCCCGGCCCACAGCUCCAGCUCAUCUUUGCGGACCUUUUCGACAGCCUUGUGUACAGAGACGGACGACGCCGCGGAAGGCUACAUGCUCUUCCUCUUCACCAAAAAAGGGCGUCCGACGCAGGAGCGUGUGAUCUCGUCAAUCCGACGAAUGAAAAUUUGCGGCGUUGCCUUGAAAUGCGAAGUUUACGCGCAUUCUCGAGAAGCCAAAGAUAUUAUGAAGAAGAAGGUUGGUAAGAAGAAGGGCCUCACGCUCGCCACCGAACUUCGUCGUUGCGGACUGUGCCGCCAGUUGCUGACUGCGGGUCGAUACUGGAACCCGGGUUGCACCAACGGCCACCACGUUUGCCACGCUUGUUCGGAAGCCUCGCUCGGCGUACAUGCAGGCACGGCGGACGGGAAAAGGUGUUGGGUUUGCGCCGAUUCGAGUGGAAAUAAAAAGGUGAGGCGAACAUUUCAUGGGCAGCGAUAUCUGAAAACUGACGACGUCCUCUUCAUUACCUACUUCACCAAGGAAGCUGACGAAGUUUUACUUCUUGAGUCUCAGGUUACAGAAUUGGAAAUCUCAGCUGACGCCUGGGCUGAGACCGACGAGUUGGACCCUCCCAUCAUUCAGCAAAUUCUAGCACCGAGCGCCGAGCCCAUCAUAGAAUUAACGGCAGCUCCAGAAGCAGCUGUGCCAGAACCGGUUCCCGCCCUCGACACAACCCUCAUAAAAACCGACAUUAAAAAACUACAGACCCUCAUUCCCUGGCUACAGAAACAAGGGGCAAAUCUCCGUAGUAUGCUGUGCGCAUGGCGGCUGCCGAGUCGCGGGGCACCCCUGCAAAUUGACGCCUACUGUCCGGCCUUCAGGAAGGUGCUGGAAUGUGUGGCUGGGGAAUUGAUGACGCCGUGCGCUUCUAAAAUGAGAUACCAUCAUAUUGACACGAAAGAGGGCUUGAUCAUCUUCGUUUUUGUUCUGGGGAGCGAGCGUCCUGAAAGCCUAACAAAUAACAUCGGCAGAAUGAAAGUUGGUGAUUGUACGCUCAAGUGCGGCAAUUUUUGGACUGGAAACCAUUUACCGCCACUUCUUACCCGGUUCCGAAAUGAAUGGAUUGAAAAAUUGAGGGCGCGCGUCCAUGAUUUACCAUCAAAGGUUUAUAAAAUGGCAUUUGAACGCGGUAAAAUCAUUUGCGUAUGGUGGUUUACGGAGGAGUUUGGAGGCCGGCCGCUUGAAGAGAUAUUUGCCAGUGUACUGAACGGACUUGCAUGCAACGAUGAAAAUAGCUUGGAAAGCGAACGAUUAGAGAACGGUAAUGAUUCGCUACUUUUCCUGCUGCUUGGACAAGACGUCGAGCCGAAGACGGUACGGCGCGCGAUCCGGAAAAUACAAAAUGUCAUGGUUUGGUAUGGGGAAGGAAGACCAAGAGAUCCUGGACUCUACGCGGCCGUCAUCGAGCCCGACGAUUGGCAGUACCCCUUGGGUGUAACGGAAUUUUGCAAGAAGGAUUGGGCGGAGAAGUGGGCGUGCUAUGAGUCAAAGGAAAAAGCCCUAGAGGCUGAGGUCAAAGCAUUGAAGGAAACGUCGAUGACGCGAGAUCAAAAUGCUGCGAACCAGAAACAAGCGAUCGCGCAGCUUCAGCAAGUCAUAGCAAUGCUACAGUUGAACGACGACGAUAAGAAGCCGGAACAAGCUGAACUCUCU